AGGUGGACUCCACCUAUGAAGCAGCUAUAAAUAUGCACCGUUUCUUUUCUCCUCAAAGUCCUCUCCCCCAAAAAUUUAGCUACCCCUAACUCUGCGCCCCUUCCUCAGUUUAGUUCUCUCCGUUUUCACUGGAAAAAAAUAAAAAAAAAGCAGAGUCAAAGGAAACAAAUUAUAUUCCGACAGCAUAUUUUUGUUUUCGACGGGCACUAGAAAAGCCACUGUUAGCUGUUAAAGUAACAAUGGUUGACGUGGACCGGAGGAUGUCCGGUCUGAAUCCGGCCCAUAUAGCAGGCCUACGCCGUCUCUCUGCUCGCGCUUCCGCUCCUUCAACUCCGGCUUCCCUUCCUGUUCGCAACGGUCUUCAAUCUUUCUCUUCUUUAGCGGAAAAAGUUAUAACCCAUUUACGAAAUUCGGGUUUCCAAGUCCAGGUGGGUUUAUCAGACGCCGAGUUCGCCCGAGCGGAAGCCGAGUUUGGUUUCGUUUUCCCACCUGACCUCCGAGCCAUAUUAUCAGCCGGGUUACCCGUGGGUCCAGGAUUUCCUGAUUGGCGACCUAGUGGAGCCCGACUCCAUCUUCGGGCUUCGCUCGACCUUCCCAUCGCUGCAAUUUCCUUUCAGAUCGCGCGUAACACUUUAUGGUCCAAAUCUUGGGGGCCGAGACCGUCCGACCCUGAGAAAGCUUUACGGAUCGCAAGGAAUGCGCUCAAAAGAGCUCCCCUUUUGAUCCCCAUUUUUAAUCAUUGCUAUAUUCCUUGCAACCCGUCUUUAGCGGGUAACCCGAUUUUCUUCAUCGACGAGACCCGUGUUUUCUGUUGUGGAUUUGACAUAUCUGAUUUUUUUGAGAGGGAAUCUUUGUUUAGGAACUCCGAAUCCGACCCGGAAUUGUUGAAAAAACAGAGAUCGGUCAGUGAAAAAUCAGCCGGGUCAUCCACCAAUUUCUCGAGGCGGAGUUUGGAUGCUGGUUUGGUAACCGGGACAAGAACCCCUAGGUGGGUCGAGUUCUGGAGCGACGCGGUGGUUGAUCGGCGCCGGAGAAACUCGUCUUCAUCAUCGUCAAAUUCGUCGCCGGAAAGGUGCUUCGACAUGCCGAGAACCCAAAUUCCAAAAUGGGUCGAUGAAUACAUAGAGCAAAUCGGAUCGGUUCUUAGAGAAGGUGGAUGGUGCGAAUCCGAUAUAGCAGAGAUCGUACACGUGUCAGCAUCUGGAUUCUUCAAAGGGGAGAUGGUUUUAUUGGAUAAUCAAGCGGUUUUCGAUGCACUUCUUUUAAAAGCGGAUCGGUUCUCAGAUUUACUCCGAAAAGCCGGGUGGAGCUCCGAAGAAGUUUCGGAUGCACUAGGGUUUGAUUUUCGACCGGAGAAGGAAAAGAAACCUGCGAAGAAAUUGUCUCCUGAGCUUGUAGAAAAAAUUGGGAAACUUGCUGAAUCGGUUACUCGCUCAUGA